AUGUAUCUCCUCACUCUCCUCUUUUCCACCCUCGCGACCGCCCAACUCAUCGGCCCCGUCGGCCCAACAACCUCCCUCUCCGCCAAAACCAUCGAGUGCAACAUCCUCGACUAUGGGGGCGUAGCAGACAACAGCACCGAUAUCUCAACCGCCCUCGAGUCAACAUUCAAUGACUGCGUCCGCACAAACCCCGGAAGCCGCCUCAUCGUCCCCGAAGGCGAAUAUCUCAUCAACCGUGGUGUUGUGCUGAGCAAUGCUACCAACUGGGCAUUCCAGCUAGAUGGCCUCAUCACCGCUGCGUAUGGAGGGAAUUGGAAUAUUGACCGUGCGUUGAUCCUUGAAGGUUAUGCCGGGGUGGAUGUUUUGAAUGCCACUAUCAAUGGGGAAGGUGACCAAAAGUUUUUGUUAGAUGUGUUGGUUAUUGUUAAUGCCGUCGACUUUGAAUUCUACUCGUCCAACGGUCUGGGUGCCUUUCAAGGCCAGGGAUAUCUAUAUCGUAAUCUGAACAAUACCGACCGACCUCGUCUUGUGCGACUGAUAUCGCCCACGAAUGCAUCAGUCCAUGACUUGAUUCUCGUGGACAGUCCUAAGUUCCAUAUUAUUCUGGACUUUGCAGUCAAUGUUGAAGCAUAUCAUCUUACUAUCCGCGGUGCCAAUCUAGGUAGCUACGAUGGUCUUGAUGCGAUUGGGACGAAUUAUUACAUUCAUGACAAUGAGGUGACAAACCGCGAUGAAUGCGUCUCGGUAAAAAGCCCCUCUCACCACGCUCUGAUUGAGAACCUCGUCUGUAACCAGGCAGGCUCUGGUAUCUCCAUUGGGAGUUUGAAUGUAUCUGCGGAAAUAUCCAACAUUGUCGCUCGAAACAUAAGCAUCAUCCAAGGAAACAACAUUGCCUUUAUAAAAACCUACCCUGGUGGAUCUGGAUAUGUGACGAACAUCACCUUUGACAACUUCCGUUCAAAAGCGAGUCUAUACGGGCUGAAUAUCAACCAAUACUGGCAGAAUACUUAUGAGCCUGAUACCGGGGCUGUCACUCUAUCUAAUCUCGUUUUUAGGAAUUUCUCCGGCUCCGUCGCUGAUGGCGCCAAACGACCACCUCUGUACUUCAUCGGAAACGACCUCACGUACGUCACCAACGUCACAGUCGAAGACUUCUCUGUCUGGACCGAGUCCGGAGAUUUCGUCGUCAACAAAAUCAACAACAUCUUCGGCACAGGCGAUGACUCGUAUGGAGAGAACAACGGCAUCAGUUCGCUGGCAGCCGGAGAAACGCCCCACACUUAUACGAGCUCGUACACAAUCACGGCAUCGCCGACUUCAUGGACUGCGCCGCCUUCUCCAGCGUGGGCUGCUCCUAGCACUGGAUAUGGAACUGCGUCUCCUAUUCCGGUUUAUUCUCCUGCGCCGUUGUGGAGGGCUGGUGGUGUUGAUUAUGAUUUGCAUUAUUGGGGGAGCUUUUAA